AUUAACAUAGAAUAAGUGGAGCAACAUCGUCCUCGGCCCUCUACCGCUCUCCCUCCACAUUAUCGUAAUUCCUGCCACUUACCGAUGUGUGGAGUGGCUGAGCGGCGGCGGCGGCGGAGCGGUAAUCUCCUUUGCCGGUGUGGGGGAGAGACUUUUUAUCCUCCACCAAUGAAACCAAACGAAAAAAGCCUGCGGAAAAAAACAGCAAAAAACAUGCAGCUUUCCACUCAUAUCUGCUACUUUUUACAGCCAGCGAAAUUACCGCCGACGUUAAAGACAGAAAGAAACCAAUAACGAGCACGAAGCGGCAGCAGUUCAGGGGACGCCAGAUAGGGAGGACCAAAGCGACGCGUUGCACACAGUGAAGGACUCGCAGCCAAGGUUCUCGCAGCUAUAUAUAUACAUACAGUGACGUCUUGGGUACAGUGAUAACAUAGCGAGCACACAAGCGUUUCACCAUCCCCCAAGUAUGAUUCUGCUGAUCCCAAUGUGACAAGGAAGGAACUGCAUUGUGACGCGUGCAAUGGAGUAGUGAUGAGCGUGGCGGCGUGGUGAGUGAACGCGGGGGUGAGUGAGGACACCAUGCGGGGGGCGGUGGUGUGGUAGGCCCCGUGAGUAUGUUGAGGUGAUGGUGAGGGUGAUGAACGGCGGGCUGGUGCAGCGUCUGGCCGAACUCAACUUGAUACGCGACCCGGCCACCGUAGGCACCAAGACCCUCGUGAUCACCAGGCCCCGGCAGCAGCCCGCCCAACAGCCACAGCAGGAGGAGGACCAGCAGCAGCAGCAAGAUGAUGGCGACACAGACCAGGAAACGGACCGGCUGCUGGGUCAACAAAGGUCAGACGACCCCGGCUUCUACGACGAGAAGGGCUGGCGGCGACCGAAAACCCGAACUGCCAUGCCCCGCCCGCCAAAUCACAAGGCAAACGGGGGCGGGGCCACAAACAACGGCUCCACCCCCUCAACGCCCAUUGGUCAGGGUCAACAAGUUCCAUCCAAUCAGACGCCUUCUCCGCCGCCGGACAUGGCGGCACCUAAUAAGACUAAGAAUAAAAAGGAGAAGGAAACCAACAAGAAGAAAGGCCGCUCCAAAGAAGUGAUGAUCCACGAACCUGCAGUGCUGAUCGAGGGCGUGCUCUUCCGGGCCCGCUACCUGGGCUCCACGCAGCUGGUCUCCGAGGGCCAGCCCACCAAGACCACGCGCAUGAUGCAGGCGGAGGAGGCCGUGUCGCGCAUCAAGGAUGCAGAUGAUGAUAAGGAAGCGUUGGCGGAAAGUAACGGCCCAGACCUCCUCCCUAGCCCCCCACAAUCUCCCAGCCCCAAGCACUCCCCCCUCCCCCAUCAGUCCCCCGUCUCUCGUCUCACGCCAGGAGACUCUGACUCAUUCAAAGAGUUUUUGUCAAGGAAUGGCUCUCCCCAGAACCUGAACCCUCCCGUGACGGCAGCGACCACAGUCAAGUCCUUUGCUUCUCCCUCGACACAAGAACAGCCCAAAGCUGCCACCUCACCUUCCCAGGGACGAGACUACUCCCGCCCCCCAUCAGAGGCCUCGUCACAGCACGGCAAAGUGUGGAAGCCUGGCCACCGGGUGAACCAAGGGGCACUUGCCACCCCGUAUGUUGGGGACGUCAGCCUGGCAGCUCAUCCCGGCGUACCCUUGGCUGGAGUUCUCCCUCCAGGUGUUCUUGAGGAGCCUAUUAGGAACCCAGACAGCCUUAACACUGCCGCUGAAAGGAUGGAAGUACCGACAGAUGGUGGUGGCGAUGAUGAUUAUGAAGUAGAAGAUGACGAAAGAGAACAUGAUGAUGAAGUGGAAGAUGAAGAAUGUAGAGAAAAUCAGCAACAAAUGAAGAGAACUGAGGAGGAGGAAGAGGAGGAAGAUGAAGACGAUGAUGAAGAAGAGGAGGAGGAGGAGGAAGAGCAGGAAGAGGAGGACGAAGAGGAAGAGGAUGAAGAAGAGGAUGAGGAAGGAGGGGACAAGCACAGCAGCAUGGACAGUGAAGAUCAGUGCAUUGAGGUGCUGACUGUCCUGCCCAGCGCAAGUGGCGGGGCGCAGCGGGACGGCGAGCAGGUCGUGGAGGCUGAUGGAGGCGGGGGGAGCCUCGAUUGGGUGUCAGAGGAGGGUGGGGGGCCUGGGCUGGGGCCGGCUGGGACGGUGUUCCACCUACGACUGGUGGGCUCGGUGGAUGUGGCUGAAGAGUCAGGUAAAGCGCCGGCACGGAAGACUGCCUGCAAGCGGCCCAAGAAGGAUAUGGUUAUGGAGGCCGUAUCUCAUCUGAAGGCGCCCGAUGGAGAGUCUCAGCCCAGCACGGAGGUGGACCUCUUCAUUUCCACAGAAAAAAUAAUGGUGCUUAACACAGAUUUAAAGGAGAUAAUGAUGGACCACGCCCUGCGCACCAUUUCCUACAUCGCAGACAUUGGGGACUUGGUGGUGCUGAUGGCUCGGCGGAGAGUCCUACCCACUGAUGAUGCCACCAACGGCAUUCAGAAGACUCCCAAGAUGAUCUGUCACGUCUUUGAGAGUGACGAGGCUCAGUUUAUUGCUCAAAGCAUUGGGCAAGCAUUCCAAGUGGCAUAUCUUGAGUUUCUAAAGGCAAAUGGCAUUGAAGAUCACAGCUUUGUUAAGGAGAUGGAUUAUCAGGAGGUGCUAAACUCUCAAGAAAUAUUUGGAGAUGAACUUCAAAUGUUUGCCAAAAAGGAGCUGCAGAAGGAGGAGCUUUAUAUCUCAAAAACGGUCGUUGUGCCUAAGAUGAAGAGUGAGAUCCUUGGGGUGGUGGUGGUGGAGUCAGGCUGGGGCUCCAUGGUGCCUACAGUGGUCAUUGCCAACCUCUCCCCCACUGGAGCGGCUGCCAAGUGUGGUCAGCUCAACAUAGGAGAUCAAAUUAUUGCCAUUAAUGGAGUGUCAUUAGUGGGGCUCCCACUUUCAACCUGUCAAAAUUAUAUCAAGAACACAAAAUACAACACAGCAGUAAAACUAACAGUGGUGCCAUGCCCUCCUGUUGUAGAGGUCAAGAUCAGGAGACCUGAUACCAAAUAUCAGCUAGGCUUUUCUGUACAAAAUGGUGUAAUCUGCAGCUUAUUAAGAGGUGGCAUAGCAGAGCGAGGCGGAGUGAGAGUUGGUCACCGCAUCAUUGACAUCAAUAGUCAGUCAGUGGUUGCUGUUCCCCACGAGAAGAUUGUCAACCUCUUAGCAACAUCUGUGGGUGAGAUUCGAAUGAAGACAAUGCCUACGUCAAUCUUCCGACUUUUAACUGGCCAAGAAACUCCUCAGUACAUAUAGUGCUUCUUGACCAGUGUGUUUAUUACACUAAAAUAUUACUUCAUCUGCUUGGAUGGAUGGACUUGUGUAAGCCAGUGACUCAGUUGUGUAUUUCUCUUUGUCAGUUGCGGAAACUCAACUUCUUUCCAUUAUCGUGUGCAAGCUGAAAUUACUAUGGCCCUCUCCCUAUGCUGCAAGAGUACUUUGGGAAAGUUAGAGUGUCGUGUGUGUGUGUCGAGUAUGGCUUAAGGUGAAUGAUGAUCAAAUAGGAUGAAAAUUUGCUGAAUUGACAUUGAAUUAUAGAAGUUAAGAAACAUGACUUAAGAUUGUAUGUCUUUAUAAUAACACUCAUCAUUGACAAUUUGAUAAAAUCAGAUAUUUUCAGCAUGACAUGAUCAGCUGGAAGUGUAUCUGAGCAGUGCUAAAAUCUGCUUCAUAGCAAUGAUGUGUAGAGCCUAGAUAAGGUUUUGAAAACUGGACAGUGAGCAAGUAACAUGCAUGGCAUACCAUCUGCCAGCUGAUCCCAUGAGCAGUUCCUUACUCAAAAUGGCUAUCUUACUUCUAAGCAGUUUAAUUGUAAAAUAGUAUCAUGUCAAUGUUCUGCAGCAAUGGGUAUUACAUUAGUUGUUGAUCAAAAUAUUCAUUUGAAAAAUAUCCCUAAAGUUAAACAUGUUGCAAAUAAUUUUCUUUUUACAAAAUAAAUGUCAAUGAAAACUAUAAAAGGCACCAUAAUUAUCAAUAGUAAUAUCUCAGCUACUUACCAUGAACUGUUUUUGUUUUAGCCAAUAAUCAUAUUGUAAAUUGAUCAUUUAUGAAAAGAUAGUUUAAAUCAUUAUAACUACUUUUAAUUUCAUAUACAAUUUAUGGCAUAACAGAUUUCUCCAGCAUGAUUCCACUCUGCAACCAUCCAGAUAGACCAGUAAGAUAAUUACUAAAUGUCACUGUUGUGCUGUCGAGAAAGAAGAUCAACAUUUAGUGUCAAGAAACUACUCACUGUCGCUCAGUGGCAAGACCGGCUGCCUCGGACGUCACUUGUUAGCUGAUCCCAGCCCCAAGAUUAUAAAAAAUUGUGGAACAGAUUAUUGAGUUUGCAUAUAUCAGGACAAAUGUUCAAUCCUCUUAUGGGCAUGAUCAAAAUUUAAAAAUUUUAAAGUGAUGUAAGCUGUUUUAGGUACAAGAGGUAAAGCUUGAACAUCUCUGCUCCUGAGAUGCGGUGCAGGUGUUGGACACGUACCAAUGCAUGAUGAGGGAGGCAAUCUUCUUAAGUUGGCUGAGCACUGUAUUGAAAAUGUACUAGCCAUGUCUGUCUAAGAGUUAAGUAAUAUUCAAGCUUCAGGCUGUGCUUUAACUGAAUGGCAUGCACAGGAAAAGGCAUGACACUGAAAAGGGAAUGUGAUUUGAAGUGUAUUUAGGCUAUGUAUGUUAUUUUGAUGUAUAACUGGUUUAACUGGUUUUCCAGAUUCUUGGAAUAGCAUAUAUAUAUAUAUAUAUAUAUAUAUAUAUAUAUAUAUAUAUAUAUAUAUAUAUAUAUAUAUAUAUAUAUAUAUAUAUAUAUAUAUAUAUAUAUAUAUAUAUAUAUAUAUAUAUAUAUAUAUAUAUAUAUAUAUAUAUAUAUGCAAAAAUGCCUUCAAAUUACCAAAUCUGAAACCUUAGCUAGGAACAGUUACAGUGAUUGGCUGCCAUAAAUCUGAAAGCACUCUCUCAUAAGGUGUUCAUAAGUAUGCUUGAAAAUCUGUGAAGCUUUGAAAAGGAGAUAAAAUGACUUGCUAGAACAUGACAUAAACACUAGUUUUGAUACUCACAUUUAUAUUGGACUGAAAAUGUUCCUUCUCUGCUGAAUUGUGAUGAUUCAGACGACGGAACUACACUUGGUCCGUGACACCUCAGUUAUUAUUACUAUUAUUAUUAUAUUUAUUGUUGUUAUUAUUAUUAUUAUUAUUAUUAUUAUUAUUAUUAUUAUUAUUAUUAUUAUUAUUAUUAUUAUUAUUAUUAUUAUUAUUAUUAUUAUUAUUAUUAUUAUCAUCAUCAGUAAUAUUAUGAUCAUUAUCAUUAAUGCUACUACUGUUGGAACACAUGCAGCUUCUGGUAAUGUAAUCCUAAAUUACAGACAAAUGCAUCAUGUCCUCAACCAAAGCACAAGUAUCCAAUAUUUCAGAAUUGUAACUUACUUUUGUGUGGAAAAGGAAAUGUAUUAAGAGGAGAGUAAAGCUGAAUUGUCAUCUUCAUUAUUAUAUAACUUCAAUGUAUUUUUCCUUUAUAGUUUCCUGGAGGGAACUGAGGAGUUUGAAAUAAAUGAUUUUUGAUUCUUCAUUUCUAAUGAUGAAUUAUAAAAGAAGCAUAUCAUAUACAUACUUUGUAACCUUUGUUACCUGGGCCGGUCAGCUUGGUGGAGUUCAGUGGGCCACUGGAAGGCACUAACGAACCAGCCACUCAGGCCAUCGUGUGUCAGGUUACACAGUUGUUAGUAGUCAACAACUUGUACCUAAUAAUAUGUGAGUGCAUCUUUAUUGUAGAAGCUUGUUUUGCUUUAUUUUAUUGAUUAGAAAAAACUGUGUAAUGAAUGAAAGGUAUUAAUCCAAGACUUCCUUCUAAAGGUGCAUUGACACAGUGUAGCAGCAUGACGGCUGAUGUGCUGGCCACUUGUCUGUUCCAGUAGUCCACAUGCAUACUGUGUUGCCUUUGUGCCUGAUUUGGAAGAGCAGGUAAGAUGUACAGUGUACAUGCAAGUCUUAUAACAAUAAGUUAUCAAGGUAGUGAUAUAUCUGUACAGCAUAAAUGAAUAAAUAGGUAUAUAUAAAUUCAUAUGAUAUAUAUAUAUAUAUAUAUAUAUAUAUAUAUAUAUAUAUAUAUAUAUAUAUAUAUAUAUAUAUAUAUAUAUAUAUAUAUAUAUAUGACUUUUUCAUCAUAACAGUAAAACACAAGUAGCCUUGCUUUCGUUCAGUAUUUACCAAGUCCAAUUUCAGUUACUUAUUUUUUUUCUUUUUGAAAGAGAUAGAGAAAAAGAGAACUAUAACCCUCUUACAUUUUAUAUGCACAAGCUGUUUUCCAAAGUGCUGAAUAUGUUAAAAACCUGGUUAGUUAUUUUCAAAAUUGGUCUUCCCAAAUGGGUCUGUCCUUGCUAGCAAGCACUUCAUAAAUAUCUAGGCAUUUGUUUUACAGGCAGAAAUAUGAUGAACAUAUUCAAAUUUUAAUAUCCAUUGUUGUUUUAACUUAUAUCAAGUGGCUAGUCAAAAUUAUGUGUACAGCUGAACAAUUUGAAAAUAAAAUGUUUAGGUUAUAAGAAUAUACUAAUUUUGUAAUAAACAUUAUUUAUGAAAGUUUUGACAUGUAGCCACGAGCCCCAAGGCAAAGGUGAGGAGAGGCGUCGUAAUGACAGAGUUCCUUGGCGAGGAAAACGCAUUGUUGCUAAAUGGCUCGAUCAUGUAAUGGUUAACCAAUAGUAGGAGCAACCCAGUCCUUGGCUUAUAAUAAAUUCAUCUUACAAUACUGUACUAUUAGUAUAAAAGAAAAUUUUCUUCAUCUCUAGGCAAAAAAGUUUGUGUAUCAACUGGAAACUGUGUCUUAUAAAUAUGUAAGAUAGGGUGUAAGGUCUCCUGCUAGACUUUCAUAAUAACCACUGUCCCAGUCCUUAGAGCAGAUCAUAGUGGAAAGAAAAAUAAUGCACUGCAGCCAAGCUAUGCAAUAUUUUUUUUAAACUACAGUCUCAUUUCAAAUUUGCCUACCUUACACUCUUUCUUCUUAGGAAAUAAUUAGGUAUGUUUCCAAUCAUCACAUGGAGACCCAGGGUUAUGGGGUUCACUGUACCUAGACAGCUUCACAGCACAAGUUCACAAGCUUACCAAUGACAUUUACUUGUGACUCGCCACCCUAAGUGACUGGCUAACAUGAGAACAAUUAUGAAAGCUUAGCCAAUGACAGAUGACCAAACUGUAGAGAGAGUGAGUGUUCAUAGACUGUACACAGGCUUUGCCAGUUUAGCACCUGUAACCUCUUGGACGUAUUGACUGUGUGAUGAUUUACUAUGUGUAUCAUGGAAAAUCAAUAACAGAAACCAAAGGAUAAGAUCAUUAAUAACAUUAGGAAAUUAUUGUGAUGUGACUGCGUUGUGUGCCAUACCUACUGACGUCUGUUCUGCCAGUCAGUUCUUAAUAAAAGGGUUGUUAA